CAACUGUUCGCUUCUGGUGUGUCACAGUGGAACCCAAGGUAUCGCAGUGUGCAUGCCAGAUCCACACGCAGCAGGGGCUGUACCUGAAGGCCUUCGAGAUGUUGAUGCCUGCAAUGCAUGCCAACUGUGACUGCACGUGCAAGUGGUGCGACGGGGGGAGUGGGUGUGGAAAGUGGAUGGCCAUGUGUAAAGAUCUGCACAGCUUUUCAGAGGCUUUGGCUUGCGAGAAGGUAGACUUUCUUGAGGAGGACCGAGGGGGUAGGUUUGAGCACUGGGGGAGGAAGCCCGCAUGCGUUGCGAUGGAAUGCUCCGAAUGCGGGUUUGGCAACCCAGGUGGCAUCCCCAUGAAAUGCGAUGCCCUGGAGUCUAUGGCGGACAGAGUAGUCGGGUGGCUUCGAUUCGAGAAUCAAGUCAUGGAGGAUGGGAAGGUGCACAAGAAGCAGCAGGUACCCCAGGCCGGAAAACUGGACGACCUGUGGAAGGAGUUUGUGGAGCACUCGAAGAAGUACAUUCAUCACCACGAGCUAGCAAAGUGGCAGCGCCAAGCCCACAACAUGUGCCUGGGGCGCCUUCCGCGCUAG